GAGCGAGCGUCUCGACGCUGUGAAUCUUGCAAUCAGCAGUUGUUUCGGUGGCGCGUGGUUUUGUAGACGUGCGUCGUCGGCGUCGGUGCGGCCCUCGAAGACGUCGUCUCGUUCGUUCACCUUGGCGCACCUUCCAUGCGAAAGGUGAAGAUGAUGUUUUAAAAGCGCCACCGGAUUGUAUGUAGCGUUUGCAAAAUGAACGAAAGCAACCUCACCGUCGACGAGGGCGUCGUCGACCCCGGCCUCAGCAUGACCAUCAUCUUCCAGACCAUCCUCUUCGCCGCCGUGUGUCUCGUCGGCCUCGUCGGCAACACUCUCGUCAUCUACGUCGUGAUUCGCUUCUCCAAGAUGCAAACCGUCACCAACAUGUACAUCGUCAACCUCGCCAUCGCCGACGAGUGCUUCCUCAUCGGCAUCCCCUUCCUCCUCGUCACCAUGAUCAACAAACAGUGGAUAUUUGGCAACGCCGCUUGCAAGGCCUACAUGAUCUCCACCAGCAUCAACCAGUUCACCAGCUCCAUCUUCCUCUGCAUCAUGAGCGCCGAUAGAUACAUCGCAGUGUGCCAUCCCAUCUCCUCCCCCAAGUGGCGCACGCCACUGAUUUCGAGGAUUGUCUCGCUGUUGGCGUGGACGUGCAGCAUCAUGCUGAUGACGCCCAUUUUUGAGCACGCCACUGAAACGGAAAGUCCCUCGGGCAGAAAGUCGUGCAUUAUCGACUGGCAUAAUAAUGAGAAUUUUUCGGAGAAUUCCACUGCGGCCACGGGGGCUACCGUUUUUACCACUUAUACGUUUGUCUUCAGUUUUGCUAUUCCUCUACUUUUGAUUCUUGUUUUCUAUUGUUUGGUCAUCGAGAAAUUGAAGACAGUAGGACCGAAAAAUAAGUCGAAAGAGAAGAAAAGGUCCCAUAGAAAAGUCACUAAUCUUGUUUUGACUGUUGUUACAGUUUACGUUUUUUGUUGGCUGCCAUAUUGGAUCACGCAYAUUGCCAUGCUUUGCAAUACUUCACUCUCGACCACGCAUUCUCCCUUCGUGGUGACUCUCCACUUGAUGGCCUCCUGCCUCAGCUACUCCAACUCGGCGAUGAACCCCAUCCUCUACGCCUUCCUCAGCGACAACUUCAAGAAAAGCUUCCUGAAGGCGUGCACCUGCGCCGCCGGUAAAGACGUCAACGCCACUCUCCACCUGGAAAACAGCGUUUUUCCCCGGAAAAACAAGCACGGAUCGGAGCGAAUGCGCCCCACUCGUGGUACUUCGAUUUGUCCGAACAACGAAGACGAGUGCGACAUGGGACCAUUGGUCAGUCGCGGCGACCAAUCCACUUCAGCGAUCACGAUGACGUCACGAACGAACAUAACCUCGUUGGGGGACAGUCGAGAGACCAUAUCGAAGAGCAACGCUGUUAAAAAUGGCAACAUUGUGACCAUUCAUCCGACUUGUUUGUAAAUUUGGUUUUUUUGAUAUCAUAUCUGUGACAUCUAGGGAUAAGUCUAGUGAUUUAGCAGGGUAUUUGUUUGUGUCAAUUUAAUAACUAGGAUCAGUGUUUUUGUGUUUGYAUGGGUAGAUUCGGUUAGUUAAGUUGUUAAAAUUUUGUAAAUAUUUAUUCUUCUAUAAAUGAGACAUAAUGUAAUUCACAAGAUUUUACUACUUGAGCCCAUAAAAUCUUGUUUGCUAUUACAUUUUAUACUUUUAUAUCAGAAAUUUAUAAAAAAAAAAUAAUAGGUGAAAGCCACGAUCAAAACACUUGUAGUGGCUUUCGCCACUUGAUUCAAUGGCUGUUUUUUAGUGUUACUCGUACAUAGUGUUUUAGUUAAGACCUGUGAUAUUAACAUAAUUGAAAAAUAUGUAUAUAAUCACACAAUUAUCGAUUUUGUGUAAUUCCCCUACCGCACCAAUAAUAUCUACAAAACUAACUCUGUACCGAAAACUUGCCAAAUAGUUGUAUUCAGUGUGAAUGUAUACAAUAUAUUUCUCGUAUAAUAAACA